GAGGAGGAGGAGGAGGAGGAGGAGGAAGGGGAGGGGGAGGAUGAGUAGGAGAAGGAGGAGGAAGAGGAAGAAGAGGAGGAGGAAUAGAAGGAGGAGGAGGAUGAGGAGGAGGAGGAAUAGAAGGAGGAGGAGGAGGAAGAAGAGGAGGAGGAAGAGGAGGAAGAGGAGGAGGAGGAAGAGGAGGAAGAGGAGGAAGGGGAGGGGGAGGAUGAGUAGGAGAAGGAGGAGGAAGAGGAAGAAGAGGAGGAGGAAUAGAAGGAGGAGGAGGAUGAGGAGGAGGAGGAAUAGAAGGAGGAGGAGGAGGAAGAAGAGGAGGAGGAAGAGGAGGAUGAGGAGGAGGAGGAGGAAGAGGAGUAGGAGAAAGAGGAGGAGAAAGAGGAUGAGGAGGAGGAGGAAGAAGAGGAGGAGGAAGAGGAGGAAGAGGAGGAUGAGGAGGAGGAGGAGAAAGAGGAAGAGGAUGAGGAGGAGGAGGAGGAGGAGAAAGAGGAAGAGGAGGACGAGGAGGACGAGGAGGAUGAGGAGGAGGAGGAGGAAGAGGAGGAGAAGGAAGAGGAGGAGGAGGAUGAGGAGGAUGAGAAAGACGAAGAGGAGGAAGAGGAGGAAUGA